AGUACUUAAUGAAAACCGUACAAAGGACACGUCUCUCUUAGUUUAUUCUUUACAUUUAUGCAAAUAUUCGAAGCUGUGAGCAUUUUCAAUCCCAACAUGGUUGCAUGACGAAUCAACUAAUAAGCCUUCCCUUCAAAAGAGUGGCUUCGAAGUCUCCAGGUCCCUCAAACAAAACGAAAAUUCUCAUAUUUUCACACCAUUUUCUCUGAUUCUCCCUCCUCACACUUCCCUUAUAAAUACCCCUUUUGGCCACUUCAUUUCUCACUUCAAUCUCAGUUCCUUCUUCUUCUUCUUCUGUGCUUACCCCUUAAGCCAUUUCUUGUUCGGCAUUCGUUUGUAAUCCCAUUUUCGAGAUUGUUUUUGAGUUAGCAAUGGAGACUGUGAACAAGUUGGUGUCCAACAGACCUGUCGUGGUGUUCAGCAAGAACAGUUGCUGUAUGAGCCACACUAUCAAGUCACUCUUGUGCGACUUUGGAGUUAACCCAACGGUGUACGAGCUUGAUGAGCUCCCGGGAGGGAAAGAAAUCGAGCAAGCUCUCAUUCGGAUUGGUUGCAAUCCUGCGGUGCCUGCAGUGUUCAUCGGCGAUCAACUGGUCGGUGGCGCGAAUGAAGUGAUGAGCCUUCAUCUUAAGCGGAACUUGAUCCCCAUGCUUAGAAGGGCUGGUGCUUUGUGGGUUUAGAGUUCUUGUUCAACUCCCUUUAACUUAUAUAUCUAUAUGUAACCUUAACAUAGCCAAGCUUUACCAUAGGCAUCCGCCCAAAAUGGCAGAGAGUUUACUUCAAAAAGUCUUUAUGCAAGUCCUUUUUUGGUGACUUCAUUGUAAUGUAAUGUUUUGGUUUAUCUAGUAAUAAACUUCAAAAAGUAUAAGAACUAA